AUGGCGUCUUUUUUCGCGCCAGGUGAGCCCUACUACAACAGUUCCGAAGAGGUAGUCGACAUAAGCAGUACUUAUUCUUCAGGUGUUUCUUCAGGUGUAACCCUCACUUACAACCCUUCUACAGGUCAGUUCUCAUCUAAAAUUUCACGAUAAAUCCGCAGAGAAUUUUCUGUUAAUUACAGUUACAUUCAACAUUUUGUUCCAGGUUUUCAAGUGCGGAACGGACGAGUAAAGAACAUAACAAUAACAGUGGAGUCCUAUAAUGGCGACACUUACACCGUCACGCGUCUUCCAAAUGGAGGUAAAUAUAUGUGACGAAUGACAGAACGGUUCUCUUUCCAAGAGAAACAAACCCAUGACGUUAUACUUUUCAGUUCUUGCUUGUAAUUUCAAGUCCCAACUCUUUAUUUAAAUUUUGAUUGUACCAUUUACUUUUUGAUAAAUCUCUUGAAAAGAAACGAAAUCAAGGCACGUUCGACGCCAUCUUAAGCACGAAUAAUCGCCUCUAAACCCUUUAGCCACGUUUACAACAGUCUUCUUGAUUUAGGCCUUUUGAUUACGAGACUGACGAAUUAAUCAUGGCGAAGAUAAUUGGCAUGGUCAAAAUUUCCUUACCUGUCGUUGUUGAAAGGAAAACUAAAACUAGACAAUGAAUUGUUUUAAACUGACUAAUGCUGCCUACUUUUGACUACAGAUUACCAGUCCAGCGGUUGGUUCACACAGGUAUCUCGCCGACGGUAAAGAAUCCAACAACGAAGGUGAGAAAAAGAAGGGAAAAAAAUGUGUCACAAUUCCUUUGUCGAGAAGAGACAGUGAAGUCUUUCUUACACUUUACCAAAGCCACAGUCAAUCAAGUUCUCCGUUCUACAAACUUCGGAUAAACCAACCACAUAAACGCAAAUACCACGAAGAAGACACGCACACACACUUACAUCUGCAAUGAGCUAGAGACUAAUAUUAUUAGUACAAUUUAUUAUGCUGAAAAGGCAGUUCUGUACUAAAAGCUAGGAUAGCUUUCUCUUUUCAUUGAAAUUCACAGACGGCCAACUAGCGGGAAAAACAAAAGUACUUAGUAGUUUUCAUUUGUAUGGUCACACAAAACUAACAUGUACAAAAGAGAAGCUUUCUUUCAAUGCUCACACUGUUAAUUCGCAAAAUAAACUUAGAACUAUCUUGCACAGCAUGAUCAACUGCUCAGUAGCUUUCAUUUGAAUGGUCACACUUUUGGAUUUUAUCACAGACUCAAAAGUAAGAACAACCUUGUACAGCACAACAGUACCACAGGAAAGUACUGCUCAGUAGCUUUCAUCUGAAUGGCUACACUUUAGGAUUUUAUCACAAACCCGAUAGUUCGAGUCACCUUGUACAGCAUAAUAAACAGUACCACGCGUGCACAGGAAAGUACUGCUUAGUAGCUGUCGAUUAAAUAGUUUCACUUUAGAAUUUCGUACACAGAGUCAAAACAUAGAAACCACCUUGAAUUACAACAUACUGCUAAGAAGCUUUCACUUGAAUGGUGGGGGUAAAGUGGACAAAUAUGUAGGUCGUUUACAUGAUAGAAAUUCCAGCUAUAUUUCCAUCUAUAAUGCAAAAAACCCACUGCUUCUACCUUUAUCUUUUUCUUGUGAUUACAGAUUGCCCUAACAUGGUUUAAGGAAGACCAAUUGUAGGCUAGAAUUACAACUUUGUAUUCAGAAAUGGAAUAAAAACUAGACUUUUACCUAUAUCUUGUGAAAUUGUUCUGUUCUUACAAUGUUAUACCGUGCAAUUCGGAUGGUCAUUAUAUCUACCAAGAUGUCAUUAACCACUGUGCUCAAGUGAAUAGCCACUAAAGUGGUGCCUUACCAUAAGAUCGCAACGCCAAAACAAGUGGGCAGGUCGUUCAAUAAAAGCCAAUUCAUCGCGGGCUUGUGUUUUGAUCUACCCCCUAACUGCUGAUUAGAACUCGUACUUGACACUGAAUUAAGCGGAAAAGGUUGUGACUACUUGUAAGUUGACUUUAAAGGGCCUGUGUCACGGCAGUCUAGUUCAUUUUGUUUAAUUUUGCCAAUUACUCGCCCUCAAUCGCUAUGGAACUUAAAGUAAGCAAAGAAAUUACAUGUAAAUGACAAAAUCAGAGAUCCGAGACAAACAAAUAUGUCUCCUGAGCAUUAUUUUUGAAGUUGCAAGUAGCAGGGAUCAACUUUGAAAAACUGUUAGGCUGAACAGUUUUCAAAAACCCUAAUUUUAAUCCGUUUCAGUCUUCUUCAGUUUUGCCCAUCCGUGGCAUCUGUUGUUUCUGUUAUGUUAUUUUGACCUUCCUUUAAAGUUUGAAGCGGUUAUUUUUAAGUUCCUCUCAAUUUAACGGGCAUUUUGUAAUUUCCUAAUUUGGCUGAAUUUUGUGACACAGCUCCUUUAACCCCUGUCAACACUUAAGUAAAGAAAACGACGGAGGACAUGACCACGUGAAAUCUAAAGUAGACAAACUUUCCAACCUAACGAACCAACUGUACCAUCGGACUUCACCUUUACCUAACAUUAACUACAAGCCUUCUUCUCCACGAUUUACUGACGAACCCCCAUUGACCUCAGGGUUUCAUACUUCGUAUAUGACAAAAUCGCUAGUACCCAAGAUCAAUGGCACAAGAAAUUAAAAUAUCAAGGUUGGGCCUUUAUUGUAAAAAUGUAUCCAAUAAUCUAUCUUCAAAUGUAUCUAUUUCAUUCCACCCGAACAACUCGUUUCCAGUGUCUCUCUGACGACACACCGCACAUAUAAAUGGUGACACUGAUCGGAAAAAUAUUCUGGGAUAGAUAAUCUCGUGGUUUAAGUACAAGCGCGUUGAUCGACUAGACGCAGAAGAAAAACUAUAAGUUAAAAUUACCGUGGGAGAGAAACUACAAGUUCAACGAGAUGGCAGGUCGCUCAAAUCGAGAGCCACGCCACGAGGAGGUGGUACAUCUCAGUACAAAUUCUUUCUAUGGACCCGAGUUUAGAAUGACUUUCAAUCCGUCAAGAGGUAAGAUCCUAGCACUAUAUUAAUUUGAGGCUAAACGAACAUAAGUUGCUUAUACAAUGAAAUCUUUAUCUCGUUCAGGCCAAUUCAGAGUUAACAACGGUUCGAUCGUAAGUAUCAACACCGUAACCACCAUCAAAGUUCAGGCAGAUGGACAGACCUUCACAAUCACGCGAGACCAAAAUGGACGUAAGUAUGGGUCCUGAUUUUCGUAAAUACCUACAAUCAAAAGGCCCUAGAAUAAAAACUAAUUAGCAUAAAACUUUCUCCAUAAACAACUCUUCAACAAUUGUAGAUGGACUACUUUUUCAACAACACAACAUCAGUCAGAACAUUGAUCUUACAAAGACUUGUGAUCUCAGUAUGCUAUCUGUCAUACUUAUAUCCGAUCCUCUACAGAUACAUCCAUACGGUCAUAUAACACGACUAGAACAGAAAUAAUAGUUUCUUCGUGACUAAGUUAACCAAAGAGUGCUUCGACUAGAAGCUAAGAACGAUAGUCAAUGAAGUAAUAUUCUUCGUUAUUUUCCCCUUCAGAUUAUCGCUCGCACACUCCGGGAGCACGAAUUACUCGACAUUAA